AACUGCUUUUCCCCCAAGGUCACCACUCCUGCUCCUGUCUCUGGCUCCUCUGAUGUCUUCACUGUAAAGAAGGUCCUCGCCUCCAAGGUAGUCAGAGGAUAAUAGUCAUCUGGAUCCCGACCCCUGGAAGAUCCCGAUCCUGGACCAGCCUGGUGCCCCCCAGAUGCUGACUUCAUGAGUUGGACAGCAGUCACUACCCAUGAUCCUCUAUGCUUGCAUCGUUAGACUGCAGGACGGUCUUCCUCUCUCGGCUUCCACUGAUUUCCACCCUAAUAAACAAGUGUUGGAGUGUAAGAGAUGGCUGAGGAGGUUGUGUGUGAACCUGUCCCAGCGGCCGGCCAGGGGCACUGCCAUGGUGUGCGACCUCCACAUACAUUUCUGUUCCGCAGGUGACGUCUCCUCUCUGACCAUCUGUUCCAGCAGUUACCAGUCAGAGGCGGCGUUCUCCUUCCUGGACGAGCUCAUCUGGGAGUUCUCCUCCUCCUACAAUAGCACCGCCAUAGCCCUGGCAUCCAGACCCUAUGCCUUCCUGGAGUUCGACAGCAUCAUACAGCGCGUGAAGCACAACUUUAACUAUGGUGUUAGCCCUCCAGUCCACCUGGACCCCAGCACCAAACCUGUCGCCGUCAGUCUGGAGCAGGUGGCAGAGGCCAAUGGCUUUGCAAAUGGGCAUGUAGCUACACAAGUGAGCCCAGCAUCCAAUCACAGAAUGGGCCCGGUGAGCGCGCUGGGCAUCCUGUCGCUAACAUUGAACAUCAUGUGCAGUGCGCUGAGCCUCAUCCGCGGAGUCCACCUAGCGGAGAACUCAUUCCAGGACGGCUAUGAGAACGCAGGAAGAGUUUUGGCUUUUCUCACAGCUUUUUCUGCCAGUUUAUUACAGUGUUACCUGUAUGUCUUCUACUCCCCCGCCCGCACCCUGAAGUCCUGGGGACUGUUCCUGGUGAUCGGCGGCUGUAACGUCUACCUGUACGGACUGCGCAACCUGUGGCAGAUCGGCUUCCACGUGUCCGUGGCGUUCCUCUCUGCGGGGCAGAUCAUGACUCGGAGACCACUGGAUGGACACCGGGGCUGCGGGGUGUGAGGACCACCAGCCGACGGACUCUUAUUUAUAUCAGGAUUAUUUAAUUUUUUUUUUUUAUACAUAAAUGAAAGAAAACCGUAAGUUUGCUCCUAAUCCAGUCGUUAUACGUAGAGGGCCCCUAGAGGUCGUUUUUCUGUGGUCACUAGAGGUUGCUCUUCUGUGGUCACUAGAGGUUGCUCUUCUGUGGUCACUAGAGGUUGCUCUCCUGUGGUCACUAGAGGUUGCUCUCCUGUGGUCACUAGAGGUUGCUCUUCUGUGGUCACUAGAGGUUGCUCUUCUGUGGUCACUAGAGGUUGCUCUUCUGUGGUCACUAGAGGUUGCUCUUCUGUGGUCACUAGAGGUUGCUCUUCUGUGGUCACUAGAGGUAGCUCUUCUGUGGUCACUAGAGGUUGCUCUUCUGUGGUCACUAGAGGUUGCUCUUCUGUGGUCACUAGAGGUCGCUCUUCUGUGGUCACUAGAGGCCUCUGUUCUGCAACCACUUAAGGGUUCCCCAUGACCACUAGAGGGCUCUGUUUUGUGAUCACCAGUGGGUGCUGGUUUGUGACCACUAGAUGGCGCUGCUUUGUGUUUUAUCUCAUGGCUAUUGGAGGGCAGUAUUCUUCCCAAAAGUAUUUUAAAGGGGUACUCCGCCCCUAGACAUGUUAUCCCCUAUCCAAAGGUUAGAGCAGUGUUUUACAACCAGGGUGCCUCCAGGUGUUGCAAAACAAUAACUCCCAGCAUGCCCGGACAGCAAAACACCUGGAGGCACCCUGGUUGGGAAAUACUGGGUUAGAGGAUAACACGCCUGAUCGCGGGGGGUCCAUCUGCUGGGACCCCCCGGGAUACCUGGGCCGGCACUGCAGCCUGGGGCUUCCAUGUUCGUGGUGCCACGCCCCUUCCAUUAAUGUUUAUGGGAGGGGGCGUGUCCGCUGUGGUUGCCAAUCAUCCGUCACGGAGCAAAGUUUUCUCGAGGUCCCCAGCGGCAGGUCCCCUGCGAUCAGACAUGUUAUCCCCUAUCCUUUGGAUAGGGGAUAACAUGUCAAGCGGCGGAGUACCCCUUUAAUGCCCCAUUCUCCAUCUGCCCCAAAGAUUACCCCCCACCCCAGAACUGUAUUACCCCAUUUUAUUAUCCUCUUUACACUGUUCUGCUGGGAGGUCAAUUCAUUGUUCAUCCUCAUUUGUCCAAUCUACGACAUCACAUUAUACUCUAGUUAGAUCCAGAGCUGCAUUUACGUCCUCAGUGACUGCCGGCAGUGAUCUCAGCACCCACAAUGCACUGCAGCUAGUAACGUGAGAUUAUGGUCAGUAUUGUCCUUAUAUAGCAUCAGGGUAUUAGACCCAUUUAUUUCCUGCAGCAGAAAAAUCCAUUGGAGGAAGAGAAGGAAAACGAAGCUCAAUAUUAUAGUGUGAGAUCUAUAUGUCUUCUGUAUGAUAAGGGCGAUAUCCAGCCCAGAUAAACUGUCCCCUGCCCAAUAAUUAAUAAUAAUAAUUUAAUAAUUUAUUUAUUUAUAUAGCGCCUACAGAUUCCGCAGCCCAAAGGCAUUAAAUCCAGUCCAGAUAUAUAUAUAUAUCCCUGCCCAGAUAAUUACUUACAUGCAAAUAAAUAUACUUCUGUCCAUAUAUAUAUAUAGUAAUUCCAAGCGAAAGAGCCAGCAAAGACCCCCUCUGUAAGUGCACGUGGUCAGCCAACUGGCAGGUUAGCAGUCCAUAAAUAUGCAAUC